UUUGAUGUAAUGUGUGAAAUGGCACAAGUGUUAAUAAGCAACAAGCAAAUAUAUAUAUAUGUGAUGAAGAAUAUUCGGCCUUUGACGUCAUUGCAAAUCGUUGCAUAUACAUCUACCAUGUGUAACCGCUCUUGGAGAAAAAAAAGUUGCUACACAGUCGUCACAGUCCUAUCGUUUUCGUAGAAUCGUUUCAUUCAGUGUCGCAUAAAUUGUAGCGGGUUUUCCCAAUUUCGAUUUCAAAAUCAGUUAUCAACGCCAAAAUAUUCUAGCAUUUUCCUGUCAAGUUAUUCAUUUGUUAUCGCUUAUCGAAUUCAGUUUUUUUUCAUUCUGUUAUAAUUAUUAACAUGAAUACAAUCGCUUUGGAGCAAAACAUAGGUUACAAUUUGCAUUUUGAUUGAAACCGACUCUCACGGCACAAUGAAUUCAUGACUUGAGUUCUACAAAAUAUUUAUUUCGCAUUUCAAUUGACGAGAAAUCAAGAAUAGUGAUAAAAACAAAACGUCUUUGUGUUAUUAAAUAGUGAAAUAGGCUCAAACGCAUCGAUCGAUUUUAUAAAACACGAACUGCUACUAAUCGAAACAAAAAAAAGAAGUCACAUUUAAGAUAAGGAAUUUUCUAAAAAUAAGAUUAACUUACGAUAACAUACUUUUUUGUCAUGAGCAGCUUUUUGUUAUAUUUAUAAAGUGGGUUCGACUUUAAGACAAAAUAAAUACAAACCAAUCCAACAAACAACAGCAGAUAUAUCAAAUUUCAAAUACGUCACAUCAAACAUGAUCGAAGCAUUCCAUAUGGUAUCAUUUUUAAGCAUUUUGCUUAUUCUAAUAAUUGUACAUGCAUCGCAAGCUUUAAUUCCAAAUGCCGUCGGACGUUUUCCAUUUUUAAUGCCAAAUGUGCAUCCAUAUCGGCCGGAGUUGUACUUAUGCACACCAAUCAGAAUUGAUUACACCAACAGUUAUUUCAUCGUUGGAUUUGAGCCGAAUGCAACGAUGAAUACAGCCCACCAUAUGCUGUUGUAUGGAUGUGGUGCACCUGGUUCCGAAAAACCUGUGUGGAACUGCGGUGAGAUGGCUUCUAGUGAUGAAGAUUAUGUACAUGAGGUGGCAAGCCCUUGCGGGCAAGGUGCUCACUCGCAGAUCAUUUAUGCAUGGGCCCGUGAUGCUCCCAAGUUGGAAUUGCCCGAAGGAGUUGGAUUCAAAGUAGGCAAAGAUUCACCAAUUCAAUAUUUAGUUAUGCAAGUACAUUAUGCACACAUUCACAAAUUCAGAGAUGGAAGUACAGAUGAUUCUGGAAUUUUCCUUCACUACACCAAACAACCACUACAUAAACAGGCUGGUGUUUUGUUGCUCGGAACCGGAGGACUUGUACCACCCAUGUCUGUUGAGAAAAUGGAAACAAGUUGCACAAUUGAUGAAGAUAAAUUGAUUCAUCCAUUUGCAUUCCGUGUACAUACGCAUUCGUUGGGCAAAGUUGUAUCGGGUUGGCGUGUUCGCGAUGGAAAAUGGACACUGUUGGGCAGACGUGAUCCACUGAAACCGCAAAUGUUUUAUCCACUUAAUAACACUGAACCAAUUAGAACCGGUGACACAGUGGCGGCUCGUUGUACAAUGCUUAGCAACCGAAAACGGAUCACAUUCAUUGGGGCUACAAAUGAAGAUGAAAUGUGUAAUUUCUAUUUGAUGUAUUACGUGGAUAGUGGCGAACCAUUAAUGCAGAAAUAUUGCUUCGGAUAUGGACCACCGAAAUAUUAUUGGAUGAAAGAUGAAAAUUUACAAAAUAUUCCAGACGAAGAAGCAAGCCAAUUAGAUGAAUAAACAUGCGCACAACAUAGUCCAAUAGUUUAACAGUGCACAGGUCCAUUACGUGAAAAUAUUUUUUUUUAUUUUGGUUUUGUAUCAACUACAUAUACAAACAAAUUUAUGUAAAUAUUUCGUUCACACGAAUUUAAUUUAUCAUUUAGUUUUAUUUCCUGCAUGGCGGGACAGAACAACAAACACGAAUAUAAAGAAUCUAUUUUUUGUAACAUGCAUGACAUACAAGAAACAAAAAAAAGAUUGAUUAUACUUAUACACAUAUAGAUGAAAAACAUGCAUAGCAUUGAUUUCUUCUAAUAUCAUUUUAUUUUACAUCAUCUCUGCACGCCUGUAAAAUAUGCUUAAAGUCUAUACAACUUUUAACACUUAAAUGCAGUACAUUAAUGUGAUUUAAUUCAAUUUAAUUUAUUUGAUAUAAAGAUAUUGUUUAUUUUUUAUUUGAACAAUACAAACAACUGAAUCUUCGAAUUGUAGUGCAAAUGAUAGUUUAUUUUAAAAAAAAGAUGGAACAAUAUGAAAAGAGACGAUGUUAUUUUUAUAGAAUCAAAUGCAAACUAUAUGAAGAACAAAACAAAACCUAUACACGAAACUAGUCACUGAAUAAAUAUUUUCUUUAAAAACCAAGGAUGUGACCAAAUCGGAAGUACAAAAAGAAAAUCUAUAAAAAACUAAAGUAUUUUCGCACAAAUAAUCCUAUCUGAGCGGAAAAUUUAAAAGUGGCCAAACGAGAGAAAAAAAAA